AGAAGCGAGAGCUGCUGGGGAUGACAGUUGCUUCAGGCAACCCUGGGGAGGACAGGGUCGGGGGUAAAAAUCACCGGCGUGGGCCUGAGCUGGGAAGGGCAUGGAGGGGUACCGCGGCGCCCAGUGCGACAGGGCCUCUGAGACCUCCUCCUUCGUAGAGGAUGAAGAAGAAGAGGAAGAAGAGGAGGAGGAGGAAGAGGAAGAAGAGGAGGAGGCUGUGGACCCGGAGGAAGCAGAGGAGCUGACUAACAGUUUAAAAGAUCUUAUCCAAAGUGAAGAUGUGAAACCCAAGCUGCAAUACAUCAUGAAUAACCCUUCCUUUUCUAUGGUAACCGUUCAAAGCGAAGACAGUGGGAUAACCUGGGAAACCAGCUCAAGCAGGUGUUCUACUCCCUGGGCCUCAGAAACAAGUACAACUUCUGAUCUUUACAGUAUGGAAAGUUCACCGGUAGGUUCUCCUCCAGGAAAAGUCAUCUUUAUUAUGGAUGAAGGUAAGAUUAUUCGGAAGAGGAAGCGCAAAGCUUCAAAUAGGGUGCCGAUGGCUACAAGUCUGAAGGGAGGCCAGGGCAAUAAAAAACGUGACUCUUCUGGAAUGCAGAGGCAAGAACAAAGAACCAUUUUAGGAGAUGUGCAGGCCUCCGUGUUGAAUGUUGAACAGGUCGAAGCGCAAGACACAGAUGAGGAAAUGCUGGACGACAAAGAAGAUCUAGAAGACGUCACAGAAGAGCCAGUAAAACGUGCUCCAAUAAGAUCAAUAUUUAGAGAAAACAGACUGAGAAAAGUUGGGCCGAUCCUUGGAGGACCAGUACAAGCUAGAAUCCAGCUGUUCAACUCAAUUUUUGGAGGGACUGAACCAGCCCCUGAAACAUUGGAGAAAAGCAGAAUACAGAGAAGCAGCUCAGUUUCAGGAGAUUCUGAACAGUUACUUGAAACAUCAGUAAAAGACAGAUUGCAGAAGUUCCGUUCACUUUCAGAAGCAGCACGUUCAAAAACUUUCCAGAGAGCAAGAAGUAGAAAUCUUGAAACACCAUCGGAGAGAAGAAGAGAGCAAAGACAACAAUCCACAGCACGAGCAAAUCAAAGCUAUUCUUCACCAACAACACCUCUUGAAAAACAGCUUACUAAUAAAGGUGAUGUUUUAUCUGAAAAUGUUAAACCCAUUAAAAUGAAAGAUAAACCAAGCAGAUUUUCAAGCUUUGGUGCAGAAACAACUCUUCAACAUGAAGAAAGAAAAGACAGACAGUCUCUUUCGGGGACUCCAAAUCAGGUAUCAGGACAUUCACUGAAGUCCUGCCCUCCUGAAGAAGCCAGGAAGCAGCAAAGUUAUUCACCUGCAGCCAAAACAUCAGUAACAGAGCAAACAGUCUCCGUUUCAUCAGAGUCUGAUGAUGAAUCAGAGGAACAAGUGUUGCUUCCCUCAGCUGAAAAUGCAAACAAGAAACCAGACCAAUCCCUGCUGACAGCAUCAGAUCAUCUGGACAAACCGAAGGAGCAGGAAAUUCAGCCCAGCUCUGCACCACAAUCUAUAUCAGGAGAUUUUGUUAGUGAAUUAGAUAGCGAAGGUACCCAACCUAUUUUGCCUACGGCAUCCAUGUCAGAACAUCCUGAGAGAGAAGCACAGAAGUCAGCAGUUGAGUCUUACUUACCUAGUGCUCCAUCAGCUAAAGCCAAAUACUCCACACUGUCUGAAACAAGACAGGAGGAUAUUAUUCCUUGGUCAUCAGAAACUGCACAACCUGAGUCUGAACAUGUGCUUCUACCACAUUCUGUAGAUGAAACAGAGAAGCAAGAGACUGAGUGUCACUCAUCAACGAGUGCACUGUCAGAAAAUGAGCCUUCAGAUCUAUUGUAUUCUGCUAAAAAAACAGAGGGUCAAAAGAGCCCACCACCAGAAACCCAAAAUGUUCACUCAGAGAAGAAAACAAAGUCUGAACACCACUUUUCCUCCUCCCUUCAGGAAACAGAGGAGCAAGGAAUUCAGCUAAAUUCACCCAUUCCUGAAAAGAUAGAUUCUAAGUAUUUUGGCAUUUCAUAUCCUAUUAGCACAGAAACAGAGGUAACUCAGAAAACUUCAGCUAUGAAUAAAGCAGUAGAUUUGGAUCACCCUGACUUUUCUGUUGAAAAAACCAAGCAAGCAGAGAGUGCACAAAUGGAGACGGAGCAUCCAGAUUUCUCAUAUUCCAGUAAAGAAAUUGGGGAAUCAGAGAGAACACAGACGGAGACAGAGCAUCCAGACUUCUCAUUUUCCAAGGAAGAAACAGAGGAAUUGGAGGGUGCACAGAUGGAGAUGGAGCAUCCAGACCUUUCUUUUUCCAAGGAAGAAACGGAGGAACCAGAAAGUGCACAGCUGGAGAUGGAACGUCCAGACUUUUCUUUUUCCAGGGGAGAAAUGGAGGAACCAGACAGUGCACAACUGGAGACAGAACAUCCAGAUUUCUCAUAUGCCAGGGAAGAAGUGGAGAAAUUGGAGGGUACACAACUGGAGACCAAGCAUCCAGGUUUCUCAUAUUCCAGGGUAGAAACAGAAGAAUUGGAGAGUGAAAAACUGGAGACAGAAUAUCCAGAAUUGUUUUUUUCCACAAAAGAAAGAGAGGAAUUGGAGAGUGCCCAACUGGAGACAGAGACAGAUUUCUUGUAUUCCAUGGAAGAAACAGAAGAAUCAGAGAGUGCACAGCUGGAGAUGGAGCAUCCAGACUUUUCUUUUUCUAGGGAAGAAAUGGAGGAAUCAGAGAGUGCACAGCUGGAGAUGGAGCAUCCAGACUUUUCUUUUUCUAGGGAAGAAAUGGAGGAAUCAGAGAGCGCACAGCUGGUGACAGAACAUCCAGAUUUCUCAUAUUCCAGCAAAGAAAUUGGAGAAUCAGAAAGUGUACAACUGAAGAUGGAGCACCCAGAUUUUUCAUAUUCCAGAGGAGAAACAGUAGAAUCAGAGAGUGCACAGCUGGAGACAGAGCAGCCAGAUUUUUCUUUUUCUAGGGAAGAAAUGGAGGAAUCAGAAAGUGCAACGCUGGAGGCAGAGCAUCUAGAUUUCUCACAUUUCAAGGAAGAAAUGGAGGAAUUGGAGAGUGUUCAACUGGAGACAGAGCAGCCAGAUUUCUCAUAUUCCAUGGAAGAAGCAGAGAAAUCAGAGAGUACACAACUGGAGAAAGAGCAUCCAGAAUUUUUUUCCAAGGAAGAAACAGAAGAAUCAGAAAGUGCACAGCUGGAGAUGAAACAUCCAGAUUUCUCAUAUUGCAGCAAAGAAAUUGGAGAAUCAGAAAGUGAACAACUGAAGAUGGAGCACCCAGAUUUCUCCUAUUCCAGAGGAGAAACAGUAGAAUCAGAGAGUGCACAGCUGGAGACAGAGCAGCCAGACUUUUCUUUUUCCAGGGAAGAAAUGGAGGAAUCAGAAAGUGCAACGCAGGAGACAGAGCAUCCAGAUUUCUCAUAUUUCAGCAAAGAAAUUGGAGAAUCAGAAAGUGAACAACUGCAGAUGGAGCACCCAGAUUUCUUGUAUUCCAGAGAAGAAACAGUAGAAUCAGAGUGUGCACAGCUAGAACAUCAGGAGUUUUUAUUUUCCAGGAAAGAAACAGAAAAACAAAAAUCUGUUCCUUUUGAACAGACAGAGUCUUACUUCCCUGAAGAAGCAGAGCAAGAAGAAACAGCACAGCUUGCAGAGAUACCUUCAAAUUUAUCAUGUUUGACGGAAGAAGUAGAGAAAGAAAACACUAAGGAACUCCAGUUGGUACAUCCAGAUACAUUUGAUUCCACCAGAAGAUCAGAGACACAGCAAACUGGGUCUCUGGAAACAGCACAUUCAGGUGUACCAUAUCGCAUGAAUAAAGAAAAUCAGCAAGAAUUGGCACAAGCAGAUUUGGACAAUUCCCUUAUGUCAUAUUUUGUUAACAAAGGAGAACAGCCACAGCCUACACAGGAGGGUUCACAGCCUGGAGGUAAGCUGUAUUCCCAUGCCAAGGGAGUGCAAGGCGAAACUACUCAACUGCAGUCAGAGCAUCCAGUUUUGUCAUAUUCUACUGGAAAAGAACAGCAACACAAAGCCUCACAGCCGAGGGCAGAACGGCCAGAGACAUCAUGUUCCAGGGGCAGAACAGAACAACAAGAAAUAUUGCAACCAAAGUUUGAACAAGCAGAUUUACCAUAUUCCCAGGGAGAAACAGCACAAGAAGCUGUACAAAGAGAUUCAGAAGGUCCAGAGUCAUCAGGUUUCAUUAGUGAAGAGCAACAUGAAAAUGUACAACUAGCUGCAGAAAAUAGAGAUUUCUCAUUUACCACUGGAGAAGUAAUGCCAGAAGGAGUGGAAUCAGGAUCUUUGGGGUCAUCACAUUCAAUCGACAGAGCAAAGCCCUGGGAAAUGGCACAAGUGGAGCAGGAGCAGUCACUUCCAUCCUGUUCCACUGCUGGUGGUCAGCAACAGGAAACACCACCACUCAGUGUGGCCCAGCCAAAUAUAUCAUAUUCCUUCGGCAGAAUGGAACAACAAGAUAUAGUAGAAAGAGAGCUGGAAGAGCAGGAAACAGCCCAACAAAAAGCUAUGCUAAUGGAAAUGGAGUAUUCAGAUUUGUCAGAAACCCUGGGGAAAGAAGAGCCUCAAGUCAUAGAUCAAAUUAAUUUGGCACAGCAAGAAACAGCUCAACCAGAGUUGGUGCAUCCAUCUGUGUCAUAUUCUGUCAGUGAAAAAAUGCAAGAAGAAAUGCAAACAGAGACAGCAUAUCCAGAACCGCCAUUCUAUGUAAGUACAGAAAUGCAGGAAGAAAUGACUCAAUACAAAUCAGAGCAACCAUUUCUUUCAAGUUUUACUGGCAAAACAGAGCAACAAGAAACUGUACAUCCAGAGCUAGGGCAAACAUUUUUGCCAUCUUCCAGUGGAAAAGAAGCUCCACUGGAAAUGGAAGUGAGUUCAGAAUAUCCAGAUUUGUCAUAUUCCAUUCAUGAAGCUGAACAACCAAAAAAGUUGAAACAUCCAACCUUACCAUUUCGUUUGAAGGAACAAGAAACUGCACCACUGGUAAUGGGACAUCCAGAUUUUUCAUGUGACAGUGGUGAAGCAAAACUAGGCAACACUGUAGAGCAGGAGUCAGGACAUCCAGAACUCUCAUACUCCAUGGAAGAAACAGAAGGAAAAUCAGAACAUUUGGAUUCACCAGAAGCCCUGGGUGCAGCAGCACAAGAUGAAAGUAUGGAAACGGAAUCUAAAUACUCAAACUUGACAUGUUCUGAUAGCCAAAAAAAACAGGAAGGAACUUCACAAUUGGAUUCCAAAUAUCCAGAUUUAUCAUUUGCCUUUGGUAAAGCCAAAGAACAAGCACCUCAAGACUUUGAGUCUAAAUAUCAAGAAUUGCCUAAAAUGGCCAGAAAAAGAGCUUCUCCACCAACUGCACAAAUAGAGUCAAAACAACCAAAUUUGACAUAUUCCCUUCACAAAGCAAAUGAACCGGAAAUUGCACCAUGGGAAAUGAACCAUCCUGAUUUGCCACAUUGCACUGAUGGGACAAACCAAAAAGUAGUAUUGUUGGAUCAGAAACACAGAAAAAUUUCUGUUGGCAGAGAAAAGCAGCAGAAAACCACAAAACAGCAGUUAGAACAAGAAAAGUUAUUACAUUCUCCUGCUAAAACAGAGCAAUUAAAACAUGCCCAGAGGGACUUGGAAGAAUCAGAUUUAUCAUUUUCCAUUGACAGGUGGGAUGAUAAAAUGGCCCCACCAGAGGCAGGCCAUGCUGAUGUGAUAUAUCCUCUGGACAUCACAGAGGUGCGACAACAAGUACAACAAGAAUCAGAACAAACAGGUUUAACUUACCCCUUCGGAAAAGCAGAACAGGAAACGGUUCAUCCAGAAGUGGAAAUUCCACAUCUGGCCCAUUCUGUGGGUGCAUCAGAAGAAGAAGAAACGGCAGAACCAGAGCAGGGACAUCCUGCCUUGCCUUAUUCCACUUCCAAAGCAGGAGGACUGCAGACUGCACAGCUGAAAUCUGAACACCCUGGUCUAGCACGUUCCCUUGACACAGUGCAAGAAACGACCCAGCUGGGGUUGGAGGUUCGUGACAAAACAGAGCAACUCCCGCCUGCCCAGCCAGAGCUGGGCCACACAAACGUGGCAUCCCCUGCCGACAAAGUGGAGCAGCGAGGGAUGGAGCACACAGCCUCGGGACGCCCUGGUGAGGGACAGUCUGUCAGCAGAGCAGAGCAACCCCAAGCUGCAAAAGAGAAACUAGGAUCUCCAGAUGCAUCAUUUCAUAGCGGAAAAGCGGAGCAAAGAGAAAUGACAAGAACAGAGCCAAAGCAUCCUGAUUUAUCAUAUUCCAUUGAUAAAAUACAGACACAAGAAGCUACACAACUGGUGUUAGGAAAACAAGAUCUAUCAUCUUGGCCUGGCAAAACAAAACGAGCACAAACUGCUGAAGAGGAGCAUCCAGGCUUCCUAUACUCCUUCAAAAAAGCUGCACAAGAAGAGAAAGCACAGCCAGAAUUGGGACAUUCACAGUUAUCUUACUCUGUUAGUGAGGCAGAACAAGAAACUGCACAUGCAAAAUCAAACUGUUCAGAUUUAUCUGCUGGCAGAUUAGAACACCAUGAAAUCAUACAACCAGAGGCAGAACUAAUGGAUUUAUCAUGUCCAAUUGGUGAAAAACAGCAACCUCAAAUGGCUGAAGUGGAUUUGGAGUAUCCAGAUUUAUUGCAUUCCACUGGCACAGUACAGCGACAAGAAAAGAUUCAACCAGAGCAGGAAAAGCCAGGUGAUUUUUCAUCAUCUCUCAGCAAAGAAGAGCAACGGGAAGGUGCAGGAAUGCAGGCAGAGCACCCUGAGCUGCAGUGCUCUAUGGGGAAAACAGAAGAACUGCAAUAUUCCCAAGCAAGAUCAGAAUAUGCAGAUUUGUCAUUCUCUGUUGGCACAGCAGAACCUCAUAAAACAACACAGCCAGAGUUGAAAGAACAUGAUUUGUUGCAUUCUUUUGUCAAAACAAAGCCAUCAUGGGCUGCCCCACUGGAGUCUGAACAUCCAGACGUCUCGGAUGCCAUGGGCAAAGUACCGCACUCUGAUUUCUCCUCUUCUCUUGGUGAAGAAAAACAAAGUGCACAAAUGGAGGUCAAACAGGAGAGGGGAAGCUACACAUCACACCCAGAGGAAACAGUCCAACUGAAAUUGGAACAGCCAACAUUGUCAAGUCCUCGUGGCACAGCAGAGCAAUCAGAUAGGGCUCCACUGGAAGGGGAGUUCCCAGACUUCUUGUAUUCCUCUGGCAGAAAAGACCAACAAGAAAUGACAAAACAAGAGCUGGAGCAUCCAGUUUUAUCAUAUUUCACUGAUAAAACACAGCGACAAGAAAUCACACAACUUGCGUUAGGGCAACCAGAUUUAUCGCCUUGCCCUGGGGAGACAGAGCAACCACAGACUGUUCAAGCGGAAGCAGAGCAUCAGGACGUACUGCAUUUCACUGGCAAAACAGAACAGCAAGGAACAGCACAAGCAGAGGCUGGGCAUCCAGAUUUGUCAUAUUCCAGUGACAAAGCAGAGCAGCUACCAGCUACACAAUGGAAAUCAGAGCAGCCUGUAACACCCCAUCCCAUUGGGAAAAUGGAGCAACAAGGAAUGGCACAUCCAGAGCGGGAACUUCCCAGUUUAUCAUAUUCCAUUUGCAAAACACUGUCAGAAGAAGCAACACAAAUGGACUUAGGGCAACAAGACUUAAAAUAUGCCCUUGGUAAAGCAGAUGAAAUGCAAAUAGUGCAAGGUGAACUGGAACAUACAGGUUCGUUGUAUUCAUCUGGCAAAAGAGAACAAGAAAUGGUAUUGCCAGAGUUGCGACAUCCGCAGCUAUCUUAUCCUGUUAGAGAAAUAGAAGAGGAAGACACACAGCAGAAAUCAAACUAUCCAGAUUUAUCAUAUUCUAUUGGUCAACAAGACCACCAUGCAAUUGAACACCCAGAGGUGGAAGAAAUGGAUUUAUCCUAUGGAAAACCAGAGCACUCACAACCUGCCUUAGAAGGAGUGCAACAGCCAGAGCUUUUGGAGUCCUUUGGUAAACUAGAGGAAAUGCGAAUGGCCCAGCCUGGCUUUUUGCACUCCCUUGGUGAAGAAAAGCAGAAACCAGCUUCACAGUUAGAUUUAGUGCAACCAGGUUUAUCACAUUUGCUUAGCAAAACAGAAAAACAGGAAGCUGCACAAGCAGGGUUUGUGCCUUCUGGUUUUUCAUAUUCCACAGGAAAAGCAGAGCAGUUGCAACAGGAACAACUGAAAUCAAAAUGUCCAGAUAUGUCAUAUUCUCUUGUCAAGGCAGAGAUUCAUGGAAUGAAACCACCAGAUUUAUUGUACUCCUAUGGCAAAGCAGAGCAACCACAGACUGCCCAGGUGGAGCAUUCAGAGACAGAAACAGAGCAGAGGGAUGGAGUCCAACCCGAACUUCAGUGCAUUAAUUUGCAGUCCUCUGUUGUGGAAACAAAGCAACCAGAAACACCUUCUCUAUCAUAUACCUUUGGCACGACUGAGGAGCAGGGAACUGCACAACCGGACUUUGAACAAUCAAAUUUAUUAAGUCCUACUGACAAAGCAGAAAAGCAUGAAAUGGCCUCAUGGAGAGCACGACAGUCAGAGAAACGAGACCCUGGGGCUACUUCAUCUCUAACUGCUCAUCUGGAAACUGAACAACGGGAUUUAUCCUUUCCCACUGAGGAAGCAGAGAGCCAAAAAAUUCAACUGUAUUCAUCUCUUACUGAACAAACAGUCUCUGUGCCUUUGGGUGUUUCACAUUCUGUCUCUGAAACAAAACUAGAAGGAAGACCUAAGUCUUCACCUGUAACUGGAGGCCUGUCCCCCAAGCACUUAGGUUUAUCUCACACACGCUGUAAAACAGAGCAGUCAGAAACUGCCCAGCCUGAGUCAGGUUUCUUCUUUGCAAGAAACGAAGCAGAGAAUACAAAAAAUAUUCUACAUUUGCCUGUGGCUGCACAGUCAGAGGCUGAACAUGUAAUUUUACCUGAAACUGAGAGAGAGCAGACUCCACAUUACUUCCACACAGCUACGCGAUUAGAAUCUGAACAAUUAAAUUUAUCAUAUUCUACAGAUAAAGCAGAAACACGAGAAAGUCAAGGUUAUUUAACUGUACCUUCAAAACUGGAGUCUGAGCCUUCAGUUCCAUUUUAUUCAGCUGAUGAAACAUGUCAGCAAGAAAUUCCACCUUAUGAAAAACCAGCUUCUGAGUAUUUGGUUCCCACAUGGUCCCUUGCUGAGCAAGAAAAGCAAAGCAUACGGCCACUUAUUUCCCAUUCUGCACAAUCAGAGAGUAAACAUGUAAUUCCACCACAUGAUGGAAAAGAAUUGCAAAAACUUCAUCUCUAUUCACCUAAAACAGCAAGCUUGAAGACAGUGCAGUUGGAGAGUACGUCUCUAAAGCACGCACAAGACCAAAACAAGCAAGAAUCUCAGGAUCGUUUGUUGGACACAAAAUAUUUGUCAUCAGAGCAGCUGAGAAGUCCCCCUGAAUUCGCUACUGAGCAGGAUAAGCAAGAAAUGCAACCUGGUGUGCCGACAGUGCCAAAGCUGGUGACCACAGAAUCAAAGGUGACUGCUGUGGCAGGCCAGCAAGCAGUGUCAUCAGGUUCAUUUGUACCUUUUCAUACAUUACCUGAAAAGUCAGUGCCAGUGGCUUUCAGUGACGAUGAAAAGAAACAGAAUAUUCCAUCGUCUUUAUCUGACGUAGUAGGCAUGCUUGGAAAGCAAUCUAAUGUAGUUUCAGGCAUUUAUGUUGAAGGAGAGGAUAGACAUGAAAUGCAACGAUGUUUGGCAGACCAAAAGCAGACAUCCUUAGAGCAUCUGGGAGCUGUUUCAUCAGAUCUUGUUUAUGAAACUGUGACAGACAAAACUCAGCAGUAUUCUGAUGAACCUGGCAGCCUUUCUUCAGCAGAGAUGAAAUCUGUUAUCUCUAGUUCUGAUGAAAAGCAAAGUCCAGAUAUUCCAUCUUUUGGGCUAGCUAGCUGGCUGGUAGAAGAGGUGAAAGCUCGCUCAAUUAGUCCAAUAAGAGCUGCAGAAGUGGACAGGCAAGGAAUCCAUCCUUCUCCACCUGAAUCUUCUGAUUUUGGAUCAAAACAAUCCCCAGCUGGAAGUUCCAUCGAACUUAGAGUUCAUGGAGCUACAAAGAAUAAAGGACAUAUGUUAAGAGUUUCUGAUCCAGUGUCAAGUGAAAUUUCCCACAGAAUGUCCUCAGACAUUAGUCACAGAACGCAAAAUUAUGAUUUGCCAUCUCUGGUAGGAGAUAAUCAAGAUCUAGACAAAGUUCCAGACCGUGAAACUAGCAUUGGAGACUCUACAAAAAUGGAAGAAAUGCAACACAUGGAGGCAAAGGAAGUGUCUGAAGUGCCUGAACAUUACCUGAGAGGAGAAGAGGAAGAAAUGGAACAUGUGAGCACUGUAGAAAACAGACAGCAUGCUCCAGAAACUACUGAAAAAGAUCUAUUUAAUAUAAUUUCAGAAGGUUACGAAAUACUCAAUAUUCAUGCUCCUACACAUAUUUCUUCUGUUGAUCAAGAAGAAAGUGAACACAUGCCAGAUAAACUAGAAUACUUGGAAACAAGUCCUUCAUUUAAAAGAAAAUUAGCUGACGAUGGCCAUAGAGCCCUAGCUUCUGGAAUAACCACAGAAAUUUCAGAAAGUUCAACGUUAGGAAAGCCUGCAAGCCAUAAACUAAAAGAAUUGGUCAAAAAUGAUGGUGUUGAGGAAACUGGAGAAACACAACAAGAAAAUCCUAUGUUGCCAGAAGACAAUAAUAACGCAGAUCCUAAUAAUGGUAUGGCCGAUAUGGAUUAUUUUGAAAAAUAUACAUUGAUUGAUGAUAAAUCCCCAAUUAAGCCACAUUUUGAAAGAACAAGUUCAUUAUUUCCUGUGGCAGAAGAUCCCAAUGAACCUGUGGAAGAAGCCACGUCUUUUAAAGAAAGCACUGAGGUAGAUACUUUGGAAGAGGAGUUUUCCUUACUUGAGGACCUGGAUGAAGUCUUUUAUGGUACUGUGAAAGGAGAAAGCAAAAUGCAGUCCUAUGGAGAUGCUCCAAACCCUUUACCUUUGCAGAAAUCAAUCGAUAUUAGCAGUAAAAAGGUUACAAAUGUAGAAGAUGAACGGAAGUCACCAGGGACCCCACUCUUUGAUUCAGAAGAAGGGGUGCUAGAACGAUCUCUGUUGUUCCCUACCACUGUUGCAGCAGUUAACCCAGAACUUCUAGAGGAGCCACCUGCUCUGUCAUUUUUAUACAAGGACCUCUAUGCAGAAGCAAUAGGAGAAAAGACAAAGGAUGAGACUCCCUCUGAUGAGGAAAGUGGUAAUUCUAAUGCGUCUUUCCCUAGUAGAAAUUCAGACACAGAUGAUGGAACAGGAAUAUAUUUUGAAAAAUACAUUCUUAAAGAUGAAAUUCCAAGUAAGGCCUCAGGGCCUCAAAAGGAUCAGAUACCAGAGGAUGAGUCCUUUAGUGGAGGAAUUUCAGUUCAGAGUUCAGAGGACAAACGCAAGCAGAGGUCUGGUGAUGUUCAAUGUGUCAGAACUGAGGUUCUGACAGAAAGGGGUGUUGUGGAGAGAGAGAAAGUCCAGGUUGACAGUGACAUUCAAGCAACAAUUUGUAAACCAAUGCAUGCCAUUCCUUUUGGAAGCAAAGUAAUUCUUUCAGGUGCAAGAGCUGAUAUCGCUGAACAAAGAGAAGAAGAAAAUGUACCUGUAGAAACAACUGAGGAGCUGCCAGAGCAAUCAAGUCAUCAAGUGUAUAGUCAACCAGUGGAUUAUCAGGGAGCUGCAUAUCAACAAGCUGAUAAUAAGCAGGAAGAACAGCAUGACAUAACAGCAGUUCCUCAAAUGGAAAAAUAUGUCCCAUAUGUGAGGACUCCUGUUGAAGACAGUGAAGAUGAUCAUUAUACUCGGGAAAAUCUUUCCUGUGUCCCUACCGUUCAGCAAGUGGAGAAGCCACACUUGCAAGGAGAGCAGCAGCAUCCUGAUGUUUAUGAAGAUCUCGCUGAGUCAAUGGACUAUGAUGUGAUUACACAAGAAGAACUUUUGCAAGAUGAAAUAUCAUCUCAGUUAACACACGAGGAGCUGUUAUUUGAAGACAGGGACUCUUUUGAGCAUGCUGGUGAUAGUUAUGAAUUUGUUAAUGAGCCAGAGCAAAGGACACCCGUUGAGCUUGAAGAUUCAGGCUUUGUGGUGAUGUAUCCUGAAAAAUCAGCAGCAAACAUUCCUCAAGUUGAGAGCCCACAAAGAGAACUGAAGAAAGCACAGACAAACACAUACUGUUACCACUGCAAAUGCCCAAUAUCUGCUAUUGACAAGCUUUUUGGAGAACAUAAAGACCAUGAAGUCACAACACUAGAUGAUGCUGCAGCUAAGAUGAAGGAUCAGUUAGGUGAAUUGCUAGUGGCACUGGAAGAAAAGUCAAUGAAGAUUGAAGAGUUUGUGAGUGAUAUUGAAUCCCUAUUUAACUCUGUUGAGGAAAACUGUAAGAAAAAUGCAGACUUACUGGAAAAGCAAAAUGAAGAGAUGCUUAAGAAAAUGGUAGCACAAUAUGAUGAGAAGUCAGAGAACUUUGAGGAAGUGAAGAAGAUGAAAAUGGAGUACCUGUAUGAGCAGAUGGUUAACUUCCAGCAAACUGUUGAUUCAGCAAAGGAAACUUUGGAGGCAACAGUAAAAGAAACAGAAGAACUCGAUGGAUUUGUUUUCCUAAAUUCAUCUAAAGAAUUGAAUAAAAGGUUACUUUCUGCAAUGGAUACUACUCUCUCUUUAGAAAAGGUGCCCAGUGCUUUUUCACUGUUUGAGCACUAUGCGGACAGUCCAGGACAAAGCAACCAGCACUCUUUAAAACAAGUGGCUGUCCCGCAGACACCGACUGUCGUACCUCAGGAACCAAAUUCGGCCACCAGCACCUCCAUUGCUGUUUACUGGACUGUGAAUGAUGGGGAUGCCAUCGACUGCUUCCAGGUCUACUGUAUGGAGGAGCCUCAAGCCAGCAAAGAUGCAGGGGCUUUGGUGGAAGAGUACAGAGUGACGGUGAAGGAGAGCCACUGCAUUUUGGAGGACCUGGAGCCAGAUCGCUGCUACAGUGUGUGGGUCAUGGCUGUGAACGGCACAGGCUGCAGCUUACCCAGUGAAAAAGCCAUUUUUAAAACGGCGCCCGCUGUCCCCACCAUCAAGGCUGAGGACUGCAUGGUGUGUUGGGACACGGCCACCAUCCGCUGGCGCGCCGGCUCGGUGUCGGCUGAGUCCUUCACCCUGGAGUACUGCCGACAGCACUCGCCAGAAGGAGAGGGUCUCAGAUCCUUUGCUGGUAUAAAGAGACCUGAACUGAAAGUAUCCCUGGAGCCCAAUGUGAACUAUUUCUUCUACUUGAGGGCUGUCAACCCAUUUGGGACAAGUGAACAAAGCGAAGCAGCUCUCAUCUCAACUAAAGGAACUCGAUUUCGCCUGCUGAGUGACACAGCGCAUCCCACUUUGCAAAUCUCCUCCAAUGCAACGGUGAUCCGCCUUCCUGAGAAAGCCAAAUUCACUGGGAUUGCUUCAGUCCUGGGUGAACUGCUGCCUGCUCAGGGACGUCAUUACUGGGAAACCGUUGUCUCUGCCUGCAGAAGCUACAGGAUUGGGAUUUGCUACGAGGCAACACCACGGAGCAGCAUCCUGGGGCUGAGUGAUACCUCCUGGUGUAUGCGGUGCUGUCCUACACAAACCAGCUUUCUUUACAGAUUUCUUCACACCGGUGUGGUGAGCGACAUCCGUGUGACAGAACACCCGGCCAGGAUCGGCAUCCUAUUGGAUUACAGCGGUGGCAGACUGUUGUUCUUCAAUGCAGAGAGAGGACUGGUGCUGUUCGCCAUCAGGCACAAAUUCACUGAUGCUGCUCACCCAGCCUUUGCCCUGGAGAAGGCUGGAGCGCUUACCCUGCGCACGGGCAUGGAGCUGCCGGAGUUUGCGAAGCACAGCUAAUCCCUUGCUUCGCACUCUCAGGAACACUGACAAUUAGAGUGUCAGGGGAUAGGGAGGGGAAGGGGGAUAUCACGGAGGGAUGUCUAGUCUUCACUGAUGAAGACCACGCACAGAGCUCUCCCCGACAUCAGUAGUUAGUGCUCAGCCACGUAAUCACUCUGAGCCUGGAGAGAAAAUCGACGCCUUCAAAUAGAGUGUGCACCUAGCGAUAUACACAGCAGUACUUCUGAGGGGAAAAAAAAGUCUUGUUAGAUGUGAAUAUUAAGAGGGGGGGAAAUGUACUUUCCCUGUGAAAAUAGUGACAGUGCUAGCUGUCUUUUUAAAGUUGAUGAUGAGCCUGUGUAUAAAAUAAAUGCAUCUCUCACUGCAAUA